AUGAAGCCAGGAAAACAUUUGACUGUUGUCAUCAAGAUCGGGACCUCUUCUAUUGUCGAUGAGAGGACACAUGAACCCAUACUUUCUAUUCUCUCCUUGAUUGUGGAAACAGCCAUCAAGCUACGACGAGAUGGACACCGAGUGGUCAUUGUAUCUUCGGGCGCUGUUGGUGUUGGCCUUCAAAGAAUGAACAUGCCUAAACGGCCCAAGCACCUUGCCCAAGUUCAGGCCCUUGCUGCCAUCGGACAGUCCAGGCUCAUGUCGAUAUGGGAUUCGUUAUUUGCGCAUAUGAACCAGCCUGUCGCCCAAAUUUUGAUUACAAGGAACGACAUCGCCGAUCGGUCCCAGUAUCUCAACGCUCAAAAUACUCUGGCAGAAACACUGUCUCUGGGGGUCAUCCCCAUUGUAAACGAGAACGACACGCUCGCCGUGUCAGAAAUCAAGUUCGGAGACAACGACACCCUCUCAGCAAUCGCAUCAGCAAUGGUUCACGCAGACUACCUCUUCCUCAUGACCGACGUCGACUGCCUGUACGACAAGAACCCACGCCAGUUUUCCGACGCCUCGCCGAUCCUCGUUGUCGAUGACAUCGACGCUCUCCAAGUCGACGUCUCUUCCGCCGGCUCAACACUCGGGACGGGAGGCAUGGCCACGAAGAUCGUCGCCGCCCGCCUCGCAACCGCAGCAGGUACAUCAACCAUCAUCACCAAAUCGUCCAAACCCGGCAACGUUGCCUCCAUCAUUCGUCAUCUUCAUCCGCCCAUCGACGCUGAAACAGGCGCCGUCAUCACCGAUCCCGUUCCACCUCUGCACACCCGCUUCAUUCCCUCCAGCACACCCAUACGCAACCGCGCAUUUUGGAUCCUGCACGGCCUCGCGCCGCACGGGACCAUCUACAUUGACCGAGGCGCCAGCAACGCACUGGCGAAUAAAGCCGGACUUCUCCCCGUCGGCGUCGUCGGCGUCGAGGGGACAUUCGCACAGCAAGAAGCCGUGCGUCUCGUGGUCGUCGACAAACAACCGCUCGGCAGCCUUUCACCGACAGGAGACUCAGGCUUCGUGGCCAUGCAACUGGUCCUACGCGGCGAGGAGAUUGGAAGAGCCGUCGUCAAUUACUCGUCGGCCGAGGUUGCGCGUAUUAAGGGCCUGCGCAGCGCCGAGAUCAUGGGCAUCCUGGGUUACGCAGACUCCGAGUACGUUGCGUUCAGGGAGAAUGUCUCCUUGCAUACGACGGAAAGGAGUCGGCCAGAGACGCCGAGCGGGUUCCGUACUCCGACGACGAAUGCGACCCCCGAGCACAGUAUUGUGGAUUUAAGGGCUGGACAGUAA